CCUAACCAAUCCGGGCGAGGAUCUUUGUAAGGUGCGAAGAUGGCGGAGCCCAGGAACUAAGAAGUGUUCUGUAUUUCUUUGUACAGGGACAGGAGUUGGACAGGGAAAUGAUGAAAGUGGUCAACCUCAAACAGGCCCUCCUCCAGGCUUGGAAGGAAAGGUGGACAGAUUACCAAUGGGCUAUAAAUAUGAAGAAGUUCUUCCCCAAGGGGACUACGUGGGACAUCCUGAAUCUAGCAGAAGCACUUCUUGAGCAAGCCAUGAUGGGCCCAUCACCAAACCCACUGUUUCUGUCCUACCUGAAAUAUGCCAUCAGCUCUCAGAUGGUGUCCUAUUCUACUGUUCUGAUGGCCAUCAGCAAGUUUGAUGAUUUUUCCCGAAAUCUCUGUGUCCAGAUGUUGCUCGAAAUUAUGGAUAUGUUUUGUGACCGGCUCAGCUGCCAUGGCAAGGCAGAAGAAUGCAUAGGCCUCUGCCGUGCCCUGAUGAAUGUCCUCAAUUGGAUGCUGCGCUGUGCUGCUUUCUAUGUGGAGAAAAUGAAGGAGCCACUGGAGCAGGGCGCCACUGAGAACCAGCUCAAGAUGUGUCUGGACCGACUAGUGAAGAUCAUAGGCAGCACCAAGAACCGGGCCCUGAUUCAUAUUGCCAGGCUGGAAGAGACAUCUUCCUGGAGCGCAGUUGAACAGUCCCUUGGCAAGCUGGGAGACAAUUUGGGACACAUUGGUAACAACCAGCUGCGGAACCAAGCAGAGGAGUGUAUCAGCCUUGUCAAAAGCAUCCCCACUAUGCUGUCUGUGCAUUCAGAGCAGCUGAACAAAACUGGCUUCCCUACCAUCCAUGCUGUAGUGCUGCUGGAGGGGACCAUGAACCUGACUGGAGAGCCACAACCUCUGGUGGAGCAGCUGAUGAUGGUUAAAAGAAUGCAGCAUAUCCCAUCCCAACUUUUCAUUCUGGAAAUCUGGAAAGCCUGUUUUGUGGGGCUCAUUGAGUCUCCUGAAGGGACAGAGGAGCUGAAAUGGACAGCUUUCACUUUCCUUAAGAUUCCACAAGUUCUGGUGAAACUGAAAAAAUAUCCACAAGGAGAAAAGGAUUUUACAGACGAUGUGAAUUGUGCCUUUGAGUUCCUCUUGAAGCUGACACCACUGCUGGACAAAGCUGAUCAACGAUGCAACUGUGACUGCACAAGCCUCCUCCUCCAGGAAUGUAGCAAGCAGGGUCUGCUGUCUGAAGCUAACAUGAACAACCUUGUAGCCAAACGGACCGCUGAUCGAGAACAUGCACCACGCUUAAAAUCUGCUGAAAAUGCCAACAUUCAGCCUAACCCAGGUCUUAUCCUACGAGCUGAGCCCACUGUCACCAAUAUCCUAAAAACAAUGGAUUCAGAUCACUCGAAAUCUCCAGAAGGAUUGCUGGGUGUCUUGGGACAUAUGCUGUCUGGGAAGAGUUUGGAUUUAUUGUUGGCAGCAGCAGCAGCUACAGGAAAGCUGAAGUCUUUUGCACGGAAAUUUAUCAAGCUCAAUGAAUUUACCAAGCACAUCACUGGCGAAGGAUCCAAAGCAGCUUCAGUCAGAGCACUUCUCUUCGACAUCUCCUUCCUCAUGCUGUGUCAUGUCGCCCAGACCUACGGCUCUGAGGUGAUUCUUUCAGAAGCUGGCCCCCCUGGAGAAGUGCCCUUCUUUGAGAUUUGGAUGCAAAACUGCAUGCCAGAAGAAGGGAAGAUUCUCAACCCUGACCACCCUUGCUUCCGGCCAGAUUCCACCAAGGUGGAGUCGCUAGUUGCUUUGCUCAACAAUUCCUCUGAAAUGAAGUUGGUGCAGAUGAAAUGGCAUGAAGCAUGUAUGAGCAUCUCUGCUGCCAUCUUGGAGAUCCUGAAUGCCUGGGAGAAUGGCGUUCUCACCUUUGACUCAGUUCAGAAAAUCACAGAUAACAUUAAAGGGAAAGUGUGCAGCAUGGCUGUGUGUGCCGUGGCCUGGCUCGUGGCCCAUGUCCGCAUGCUGGGGUUGGAUGAGCGAGAGAAGUCCCUGCAGAUGAUCCGGCAGUUAGGGACUCCCUUAUAUGGGGAAAAUACCCUACAGUUCUACAGUGAGAGAGUGUUGAUCAUGAGUUCAAUUCUUGAGCAUAUGUGUGCUGACGUUGUGCAGCAGACAGCUGCACAGAUCAAAUUCCCAGCAACAGGAGUCGACCCCAUGCCCUACUGGAACCUCCUUCCACCCAAGAAGCCCAUCAAAGAAGUGCUGAUGGGUGUCUUCUCCAAGGUGCUGGAGAAAGGCUGGGUGGAUAGCCGCUCCAUCCAUAUCUUCGACACCCUUCUGCACAUGGGAGGAGUCUACUGGUUCUGCAACAACCUUGUUAAGGAGCUCCUGAAAGAAACAAGGAAAGAGCAUGCAAUACGAGCUGUGGAGUUGCUGUACUCCAUUUUCUGCUUGGACAUGCAACAGCUGACGCUCACCCUGCUGGGACACAUCCUGCCCAGUCUGCUCACAGACUCCUCCAAGUGGCAUAUGCUAAUGGAUCCACCUGGCAAGGCCCUCGCCAAGUUGUCUGUGUGGUGUGCCUCUAGUUCCUACUCCUCCCACAACAAGGGACAGAUGUCUGCCUGGCAGCGCAAGAGACACCGAGAAGAUAUCGAGGAUUACAUCAGUCUCUUUCCACUGGAUGAUACCCAGCCGUCUAAACUCAUGCGCCUUCUUAGUUCCAAUGAGGAAGAUACUAGUAUCCUGUCCAGCCCCACAGACCGCACAAUGAGCAGUUCACUGUCUGCCUCACAACUCCACACAGUCAGCAUGAGAGACCCCCUCAACAGAGUCCUAGCCAACCUCUUCUUGCUGAUCUCCUCCAUCUUGGGAGCCAAGACGGCGGGACCACACACCCAGUUUGUCCAAUGGUUCAUGGAAGAGUGUGUGGACUGUUUGGAGCAGGGAAGCCGUGGCACCAUUCUACAGUUCAUGCCCUUCACUAUGGUUUCGGAGUUGGUGAAAGCAUCUACCAUGUCUAGCCCCAAAAUUGUGUUGGCUAUCACAGACCUCAGCUUGCCCCUGGGACGUCGAGUGGCUGCUAAAGCCAUUGCUGCUUUGUGAGCAUCCCACACCUAUAAACAUGUUCUAACUUAUAGGCUGGUGAAUCCUGAGAAUAAAAUCAGAGAGGUAGGACAACGGAGAGAAGCUGUGUUUAUAGAUGCUGCGUGCCUUCCUUGCAUGUAUGCAGCCUACAGAGGCAGGCAUGGCAGCAAGAAAAAGAGAGAAGAUGAGAGGAGUGUGAGUUGACCUCCAGCUCAUUGUGACAGUGCUGUAAUGGCAGACUUGGACCCAAAAUGGUUGCCAACCUUCAGCAAUUAUUGAUCGUGGUUUUCUCGAACAUCACCAUUUUUCACCAUUGCACCAAGGACAAUAUCUGAAUAUGAUUGUUAAUUAUUUUUCUUUUUGCUUUAUUGUUUUCUCAUUAACUGGAUGAAACUUAUAUGCCUUGUUACAAGUCUCUAAAGUAUCAUGAUUUAACUGAUAAGCUUAGUAGUAGUUUCAAAGAAAAGUUGUACAAACCAUUUUGAAAAGUUACAAUCCAAAUACCAUAUUUCAUAUCAGAUUAUUUUCAUGAAGAAACUGAGUUUCACACAGUGAACAUGAGAAUUUAAUUAUGCCUUUUGUGUACAUAGGUUUAUAUUGGGUUUUUUUAUUUUUGUGAAUAAUGUUUUAUAAAUAAUGAAAAAUAAAAUUUCUUUGUCCUC